AUGGCGCUUCUACCGACUGAGCUAACUCGCCGACCGCAACAUCUUAAUCAACAACAACAACAACAACAUCUUCUGCAACAUCAACACGAUCAACACCAUUCUCAGCAACAAUAUCGUCAGCAGCACCAGGAGAGUACAAAUUGGUCCAAUCGUAAUGAAUCAGCAGUACCUACAAACGCGAACUGCAACAACAAAACCAACAUUAGUGAUAACAACGACAUCUUAAACAACAAUCGUCCCACUUACAACAGGCCAAUCUCAUCUGAUGGAAAUUUUAUGAAGAAUGAUUUGUACAUAUCUAGCAACAAUUUGGGCAACAACCACAAUAAAACCGACAGCAACAUCUGCGCCAACAUGCACGCAUCUUCAUACAACAACACGUCGUCUCUCGUUAAAGAUGAGUGCAAAUCAAUCAGAAACACUGGCAACGAUUUGGACUUCCAUGUGCCAACAUUUUACAACUGCAACGACAGCCACGACAUCAUCAACAGCAACAAUCGUAUAGGUGGCCACAUAGGCAACAAUGCUGUAGAUCAGACCAUCGAUAAUGAAUCUGCACCUCUGGACUUAUCUUGCGCUAAGAAGAGAAAAAGUUCAACACCACUUGAAAGCCCUUUUGCCACGACAAACAACAAUCCAAAUAUGCUCUUCAGUUUCGAUGGUCCACUGGAUUUAUCUGUCAAAAAAGCAAAGUUGAGCACUGGAGAUGGAUAUUACGAGUUGCAGCAGCAAAUUAUUUCGAGCAAACUCAUCAACAAUCAACUCGAUACCGAGAGUAGCGGAUUUUUCAAACAUAUACAACCGACGUUUGAUAGAGUAAGAAACAAUUUGCCAGACAACAACAACAGCACCAACAACUACAACAAUAGCAAUAACUUCAACAAUCUCAACUACAUUUGCGCUAAAAAUAAAAGAGUUUUUCCCGCAAAGUUGAGUGCUAUAGACGCUCAAAAUAUCCUGGCUAAUGGAAAUCUUUUUAUUCAGCAACAACAUCAGCAGCAGCAACAUUCUGAACAAUUUCAACAACUGCAUCAACAACAACUGCAACCACAACAUUCAUCCAAUUUUUUAUCCAAUGUAAUGCAUCCGUCUCAAUCGCUCCAACAACUUCAAUUACUCAAUUCAUUUCAGCAACAACAACUGCAACAACAACAACAAUUUUACCAGCAACAACAACGACAGCCACAGCAACAACCACCGAUCGGCAAUGCUGACAAUCCAAUUUGCAUUGACGACGCUUCGCCUCAAGAUGACCUCACAUCGCUGACCAAUCAAAGUGCUUCUGCCGCAGCUAACAGACCUUUUCUGUUUGGUUCAAAAGUUCAAAACUUGGCCUUCAACCAGCUUCAAUGUCUCAACUUUUCUGAUUUGCGCAACAACGUUGUCGCCAGCAACGUGGCCACCAGCGAUCGCAUCAGCAACAAUUUCACUCUUGGCGACAACUCUUUCAAUAGGAUGAAUUUAAUCAACAACAAUUUUGGUAGCAAUGUCAUCAGCAACAUUCAGGACAGAGAUAAUAAUACUGUAGUGGGUAAUGAAACGAAUUUGAAUGAUAGUGCUUCACUAAAUGUUCCCCUGUCUCAGCUGGAAGCUUACCUCAAUAACGCAACCAAUCACAAUGCUCUGUCAGCUUCUAUCAUCAACAACAACAUCAACAACAUUAAAAAUCUUAUUAACAACAACAAUAACAACAUCAACAGCAACAUUGUCAACAACAACAACGCAAAUAUAGACUUGCAAUUACACUUCACCAACCUUAGCAACCAGCGACAAUCAAACACUUUCAACGCUCCGAGCAACUCCACCAGCCAGGUGACCGCAAACACUGCGGAUGACAUCCAGAAGAGCGCCAACACUAAUCAGUACUUAACCAACGUCGGCCACAUGUCGGGGAGCGUGCUAAACUGCUGCAGCGGUAGCAACAACAACAACUCAACACAAUUUUUUCUGAGUGACGCCAGUUUAGACUGCAGCAGCAGCAGCAGCAACAACGGCAGCAGUGUUUUUAACAAUAUCGAUCUUCUAGGUCCGAUUAAUAAUUCUGAACAAGCUGCAAAAUCACAGCUGGUACACCAGGAGUUGGGAGCGAAGUUUAGAAAGUUGCUGAAAAAAGAGAUUGAGAUGAGAAAAAAUGCCGGUGCUUCAAUUCUCUUGAAAAAUCGCUUAAAUCCGGAUUUGUCAAAUACCACCAUCAUGGAGCAGUCCAGGAACGUGCUAACCAAUCAGCUGCCAGGUCAGAUCCCCAGUCUCAACCAAUCACGUUCGAUAAUGCCUCCUCCAUAUGACAACAUCAAUCUUGUUAAUGCCGCACUCAAUAACAUUGACAGUCUCAUGAACACGUCAUUACCAUCAUCAAUGCCACCAUUAUUUUCACCAUCAUUCUCAUCAUCUUCAUCAUCACUAUCAAUAUCAACAGCGUCGUCAUUGUUAUCACUGCCGUUGCUUUCUCCAGUCUCAUCAACAUUAGCAUCCCUGCUCCCUAACUUGCCCACGGCAGGCAGGUGCACACAGAACAUCAGAAAUCUGAAGAACAUUCCAAUAGCGAGCGUUUAUCCAAUCGUGAAGGACAACUGCGAACCAAUCAUAAUCAUCGAACCAUCGCCUCCACCUCCGCUCUCCCCUCCUCACAAUCUCUCCAUCUACAAUCAGCUAAACGCUAACACAUCCACUUUUGGAAGUUUUCCAAACGAUGCAACCAACCUAUCGAGAACGGGUUUGCUGGCCGUGAACACCAACGUUAAUAGCUGCAGCAGUGGCGUUAACUUGAACACCAACGACAGCACCGCCAUCGGCAACUACAACAGCGGAAGUACUUUCCACCAGAAGGCUCACUGUAAUGCUUUCAACAGCAGCUUAAGUAACGUCGUUAACAACAACAUUGUUAACAAUUUCAACAACAACAUCAUCAACAACAACAACAUCAACAACAACUACAACAUCAUCAACAACAACAACAUCAACAACAACAGCCGCCACAUUAACUGGGACAUUUCCACUGAAACCCAUCACACGGAAGUUGGAAAGUUCCUCAAUCGAUCACGAAGUGAGGGCUCAGUCAAUGACGCAGAAAGCUACCAGCAACAUCAACAGCAUCAACAACUGCAUCACGAUCAACAACAACUGCUACAGGAUCAUCAACAACAACAACAUCAACCGCAACCACAAAAUCAGCAACAUUUGCAGUUACUCAAUAGCGCGGAACAAAUCAAGGUGGACAAGAGCAAUAAAAACGCAAGUCACAUUGAACGUGUGAAUAAUUCAGUAAAUGAAGAAACUCGCCAAAAUAACAUCAACAUCAUCAACAACAACUGUAGCAAGAAUGAUAAUGCUUUCAACAUCAAUAACAAUGAACAAAACAACAACAACAAUAAUAAGAGUGAUUUGGUGUCUGCUAGCAAAAGUAUCAACAUGCCACAACUGUUGAAUUUGACUUUUAAAAAUCAACAGAACGAAGACAGCGCAAAUGCAAACCUUGCUAAAGCUAAUGAUACUGCUUUAAAACAGGACAGCUGCAACGACAACAACCACAACAGCAGCACCUGCUGCAACAACAACAACAGCAGCAGUUGCAGCAACGUACGGACGACAAAAAAACAUCGUCACAAUAAAAAAUUAACAGGUGGCUCAUCGGCUAUUGAAUAUUUUGACGACGAUGCUACCGUCAAUGUGGCCGAUGACAACCUAUCUGCAGUAACAAUUGCUACUACAACUACUUCUACAACAACGACGGCAACAAAAUCGAUCACGUCUAUUUCUUUGACAACAAACAACAACAACACGUCAUCAUCAUCAUCGUCGUCGUCUUUGUCUUCCUCCUCAUCAUGCGUGCCAUCGUCAAAUAAUGACAAGAGAUGCACUUUCAAGGACAUUUUAAAGGUGCCUGAUGUGAAGGGCGAACAGAGAAAACGAUUACCUGUGAGUACUAUGAGUUUGUACUUUUGUACUUUUUCUUAA